GCUGCCUUAGCACUUGGUUCAGAGGAUCCCAUCCUAGGGUGAUGGCAUUUAGCUGGUGGAUGCUAAAUGCUAGAUGCCCAGGCUGAGCCAACGUCCCCAGCGAGGAGCCCAAGCACUGCUGUGCAAGAGAAGAGGCACGGGGGAGCACUGUAAAUCUGUUGCCAAGAAGAGGAGCAAUGAAUUCCUCAUUUCACUUGCUUUUCUUGGAUCUCAACCUGAAUUCCACAGAAAGCAACUUUUCAGAACCAAAUGUCAAGAACAAGUCUUCACCAUGCAAAGAGAUGGGCAUUGCUGUUGAAGUGUUUCUGACUCUGGGUCUCAUCAGCCUCUUGGAGAACAUCUUGGUCAUAGGUGCCAUAGUGAAGAACAAGAACUUGCACUCCCCCAUGUAUUUCUUUGUGUGUAGUUUAGCAGUAGCUGACAUGCUAGUGAGCAUGUCUAACACAUGGGAGACCAUCACCAUAUACUUAAUAAAUAAUAAGCACUUGGUGAUAGCAGAUGCCUUUGUGCGUCACAUUGACAAUGUGUUUGACUCCAUGAUCUGCAUUUCUGUGGUGGCCUCCAUGUGCAGUUUGCUGGCUAUUGCAGUGGAUAGGUAUGUCACCAUCUUCUAUGCUCUGCGCUAUCACCACAUCAUGACAGCAAAGCGUUCUGGAGUGAUUAUCAUGUGUAUCUGGACCUUUUGCACAGGUUGUGGCAUUGUUUUCAUCAUUUACUAUGAAUCUACUUAUGUAAUCGUUUGCCUCAUUUCCAUGUUCUUCACCAUGUUAUUCCUCAUGGUGUCUCUGUAUAUACACAUGUUCCUCCUGGCCCGAACUCAUGUCAGGCAGAUAGCAGCUCUGCGUGGAUACAGCUCUGUGCGGCAAAUGACCAGCAUGAAAGGUGCUGUCACCCUGACCAUGCUGCUGGGCAUUUUCAUUGUGUGCUGGGCUCCGUUCUUUCUCCAUCUCAUUUUGAUGAUUUCUUGCCCCCAGAACCUCUACUGUUCUUGCUUUAUGUCUUACUUUAAUAUGUACCUCAUACUCAUCAUGUGUAAUUCUGUGAUUGAUCCUCUGAUAUAUGCUUUCCGCAGCCAGGAGAUGAGGAAGUCCUUUAAAGAGAUUAUUUGUUGCCAUGGUUUCAGAAUACCCUGUAGGUUCCCUGGCAGAUAUUAAACAAAAAGUUCUUCUCUC